UUAACGUUUUUCAAAUUUACAGUAAUUUUAAACCAUAUUUUAUAUGACUUCCUGUUGUAAAAUUUAAGGAAUGUUAGGUGACUUUAAUACUGGUGAUUUGAUACGAAAUAGUGUCAAAAGAUUAGUUAAUAUUUCCUUAUUUAUAAGAGCGUACAUGCUUCUACAUCUAAAUUUUACGUUGUAAGAAGAUUUAAUGUCCAUUUAAAUGUGUUUUAUAUAUCAGAUAUAUUCAAAUGUUACCUUUUGACCAGGUAUCAUAGUAACAUAUAUAUCUGACAUAAAACAAAGUGAUAUUUCCCUUUAACACGUAGUUGGAGAAUGAUGCUCCAUUUCAACAGGGAAGACGGUAUUACUUCCGUGUUUCGUGAAUAGGUAAAGCCGACACGUGUAGGAACAUUUAUUUUCUCCGUUUUGCGAAUAGAUAGAAACAACACUUAAAAGUACAUUUCUCUUCUUCUUAAAUGUGCAACAUAUAGUGAAGUGUUUUCAUUUUCAUAACGUAAACUUUGAAAAGGUAUUUCAAUUCAGCCAUGGAGUUUUCAGACGUUGGAAUAUUUUGUAUGUUCUCCGAUGGAAAAGACUGGGCAAACUUCUUGCAAGUGAAACUGGCUGCGGUUGGAAUUUCAUCAAGUGUAGAAGGUUUGGAAACUGAUCACACACAAUCAAAUUAUGCUGUAAAUGUUGUUCUGGCAACACCGGCCAUUUUAGAUAUUUUAGAAACGGACAAUAUUACAGCAAUAAAAGCGGAUGGUUCCGUGAUGGUAUUACUAGGAGUUGACAAGGAUGAGCUUAAACUUUCAUUUGCAAAACAUAACUACCAUACAAUAAACAAAUGGGAAUACUUUGAGACUAAACAGACUGAGGAAUCCGUAUCCGAACUUGUAGAAUGUGUUCAGUUAAAGUUGGAAGCGGCCAUUAAGUCAUCAAGUACCCCUGCGUAUGAUUUUUUACCACCACCACGUCCGUCACAAGCAAAACUACGCCACGCAGAACCAUCAGAAUUUGUCUCUUCACCAAAGCUUCAAGUUGCCACAACAGAUGAAUUCGAUAAGGUCGUUGAGGUAUUCAUUCUUAGCAAUAGAAAAGGUUCAAAUGAGAUAGAGAUCACCUUAAACAAUUCAGGCGAUCUAGUUAAUACAAAAGCAGUGCUUGAUGACAAAGCAUUAUACCAGAUACAAAUUCCAGAAAACACAGAAUUUAAAGAAGACUGCCAAUUCGUUGCCAUAGAUAAUGAUAUCCCAAUAGGAACAGGCAGCAUUCCAAAAUUAGUGGAAGUAACUGACAAUGUUUUUUAUUCUAAAUCUGUGCCGACCAAAAUAGACAUUAUCAGAGAGACGUUAGGUUUUGGAAAUGAUCCAAUUCCAUUGGUUUGUCAGAUGCUGGGUUUGUCUCAUAUGGAAGAAACAGAUUCACAUAGUGAACUCUUAGAUAAACAUGUUACCAUUCAGUAUAAACAGAUAAAGGACCAGGAAGCUUCAGAUGAUUGGAAACCUCUGAUCAAUGAUGAUUGUAAUUUAAGCCAUUGUCCAACACUUUUGCAUUUUGCUGCGGAGUACAACUUGAAGACAUUGGGCUCAGAACUUCUGAAGCUCCCGGAAAGUUUAGAUGCCUGUUUUGCUAUGAACAUGGACAAAAAGACCCCUCAGGCAAUAGCUCAGACCAAUGAAUUUCCUGAUUUCGCUCAUAUGAUUAGAAGUUUCAUGAAAGUAGAAACACUAAAAGGAAAUAUACAGAGAAAUAAAGAUAGCGGUAUUGUCGAUGAUAAGAAACUUCCAACAAUACCAGAAUUUCAAGAAGAAAUUGAAAACAACGGAAAAGAAAGGAAAACUUCUUCUAGAGAAAAACCUAGCAUUUGGUCACGAUUAAAAAUACCGACAAUUAUGAAACCGAAGAAAAAGUCUCCCAAAGCUGAGGGUAGAAUGAAUAGUACCUGCUCGACACAAGACUUGCAUAUGCAAUCCAGCACAACCAAUCCUAGUGAGGAAAGUAAUAAUGAAGCUUAUAAAAUAGAGGCAAGUUUACAUACAAUUAUGGGACAACGAUAAAACAAAAUGUUCUAAAAUAUCGUAUCCAAAUAAGCUGUCAAGCGUUUCAUUUGGUAAGACGUACUGUUCCUACUUUUGUGUAUUCAAAAGGGUUAAGGACAAGAACCUGGUCAAACAAAAAACUACAAAAAGAAUGUCUACUAAGCAGCACACAUAAAACUAAAGAAUGAGCAACGUUACCUCUACUAACCCAAGGAUGAACUCCGGUGUUCCUGAAGGGUAAACAGUUCUUGCUCAUGAGUGACAUCCGAAUUGUUUCUUUUGUUCUUCUUAUC